GCUUGUUUGUGCUCCACAGGUGACGGCCGCAUCGGCGCGGCGCGCGGGGUCCUGGUGCACGCCUACUCCGCCACGGCGCCGGCGGGCUGCGCGCCGCCGCUGCUGGCGCGCCACACCAGCAGGGCCUCCUCGGCGGCGGCCCCCUCGGCGGCCUCCAACGGCACGGGCUCCAGCGCCUCGCCGCCGCCCAGCGCGCUGCCCAGCGAGCCCUGGAUCGCACUCAUCCCCCGGGGCCACUGCACCUUCGACAUGAAGGUGCACACGGCGGCCCUCAGCGGCGCGUCGGCUGUCAUCGUGUUCGACGACAAGGAGGCCGACACGCUGGACAUGAUGGACAUCUCCCCGGACCAUAACAUCACGGCCGUGCUCACCUACCACUGGAAGGGCGUGAUGCUGGCCAAGCUGGCGGACGGGCCGUCCAAGGUGUACGUGGAGAUCACGGUGGCGAACCGCUGCACGCGCUCGCUCAACUCCAUCAACAGGACCUCUGUGCUGUUCGUGUCAGUGUCCUUCAUCGUGCUCAUGAUCAUCUCCCUGGCCUGGCUAGUCUUCUACUACGUGCAGCGGUUCCGGUACAUCCAUGCCAAGGACCGCCUGUCGAGAAGGCUGUGUUCCGCGGCCAAACGAGCGCUGUCAAAAAUCCCGACUAGAAGACUGAAAAUUGACGAUCCGGAGCUGGUGGGGGACGGCGACUGCUGUGCCAUCUGCAUCGAGCGUUAUCGCGUGGCGGACGUCGUCAGAGCGCUGCCCUGCAGGCACGAGUUCCACAAGUCGUGCAUUGACCCGUGGCUGCUAGACCAUCGAACAUGCCCCAUGUGCAAAAUGGAUAUCCUGAAGCACUAUGGUUUUGUCGUGAGUUUCAACCUUUAAAAAAAAAAAAAAAAAAAAA